UCUCCGAGUGGAGCGGCAGGACGCGGAGGGACGCGGCGGAGCGGCAGAGCGACAGCGCGCAUGGAGUAACUAGACUGAGCCAUGGACCAGGUCCAUAGCUUUAGUCCAGGUUUAGACCCGGUUUAGACCGGCUUUAGACCGGGUCUAGUACAGGUUUAGUCCCUGGAUAGUCCGGCUCAUCCCAGUUCCGUGUCCCUGUGAACCGUGAGCGCGCCUGUGCUCGCUCCCGUGCACUCUGGAUCAUGGCGGACCUGCCAAAGCACUGGGCUUAUGGCGUGCGCGCGGAUGGUCGGGUCUUCUUCAUCAGUGACCGCACGCGGACCACCACCUGGCUCCACCCGCGGACCGGGCUCCCGGUCAACUCCGGACACAUGAUCCGCUCAGACCUGCCUCGAGGCUGGGAGGAGGGCUUCACUUCGGAGGGAGCAAGCUACUUCAUUGAUCAUAACGAGAGGAGGACCACAUUCAUUCAUCCUCAAACUGGAGUCGCCUCCUCAGAGAACUCCGCCUUCAUCCUGCACGAACUACCUCAGUCCAGAGUCAUGUCUAAACCUGAGCUCAGCGACUCAGCGUCCACAAACGCCUCAAACAACAACAAGGUGGUCCGGUCUGGGUCUAAGCUUCACAGUUUUGGGAAGAGGCAGCUGUCUGUGAAGAGGAACCCAAACGUCCCGGUGGAGGUGCGAGGAUGGCUCUACAAACAGGACAGCAGUGGGAUGCGUCUGUGGAAGAGGAAAUGGUUCGUUUUGUCCGAUUUCUGCCUCUUCUACUAUAAAGACAGCAGAGAGCAGAGUGUCCUGGGUUCUAUUCCUUUGCCCAGUUAUGAAGUGUGUCCAGUGGGAACGCAGGACCACAUCAGCCGCAAGUACGCCUUCAAGGCGUGUCCGUCAGUCAUGCGCACUCACCACCUGGACAAACGGAGCUCUCUGAUUGGCCCAUUGUCCAAGCGCAGCACUGUGAUUGGCCCGUUCAAACGCAGCAGCUCUCUGAUUGGCUCGCAGGCAGAACACUUGGGGAUGAGGACGUACUUCUUCAGCGCGGAGACUCAGGAAGACAUGAACGCUUGGAUCAGGGCCAUGAAUCGGGCCUCACGAGUUCAGACCAAGACCCAAGACCAGACCCAAGGCCAGACCCAAAGCCAGACUCAAGGCCAGACCCAAGACCAGACUGGAGACCAGACCCAAGAUCAGACUGGAGACCAUACUGGGAUCCAGACCAAGGUCCGAAAUGGGGUUCGAAAAGUCCAGAAUGGGGUUCACUGUGGCACCAACACCUCAACAGACAAAUCCUCAGAACUAUUGGACUUGACUCGGGCCUCAGAAAAGACCCAGGUCGGUGAGGUCCAGAGUCCAAACCAGGAUCCUGUCCAGGACUCUCCUCUGAAGAUCGGACAUGUCUCCACGGCAACCACACAACUAACCACGCCCCCUGAAGAAACAGCCCCUGCUGCCUCACAAAACAGGUUCCCGGUGUCAACCCCUAGUCCAAUCCUGGAGCCAAAUGGAAUCGCGUCCGGAACAUACCAGACGACUCCACCCCCAGACACGCCUCCAGGCAGUGUUUACAGACAGGCCACGCCCCCUGGGAGACAGGUCACACCCACAGGAAGUACACAGAGACAGGCCACACCCACAGGAAGUAUGUUCAGACAGGCUACGCCCCCAAAUAGUAGCCUGACUCGAAACAGCGUCCGAGAACAAGUCCAGAACUGGAUCAAAGUCCAGAGAGAUGACAAACGAGACAGUCUCAGACGGACUCCUCCAGCUCAGUUCAGCCCCAUCGAGCCUCCCCACCAGUACAACGCCCCCGGGGGCCGUGUGGGGGAGUACCGUUACGCUCAGGAUCGCCUCUCUCACUUCGGUUUGAGCGACUCCGCAGCACCACCUCCAUUUUGGCGUCUUUACGAGUGGCAGCAGCGGCAUCAAUAUCGCCAUGGCAACCCCACGGCACCGCUCUACAGCCCUGCUCCCCUGCAUCCCUACGGCUCUCGCCCCUUGGCCGCAACCGACCAAUCACGAGCCCCUACACCACGCUGCAUCGAUGUCCCGCCCUCCACUGCAGAUGUCCCGCCCUCUCUGCCCUCUGGACCAAUUGGACGCAGACCCCACACACCGGCUGAAAGACUGACAGUGAGGCCGACCAAUGAGAGAGCAGCAGAGGGAGGGGCCUUCACAGCAGCGCCACGAAGGAGCCAAUCACAGUUCUUCAAGGCAUCAACUCUGGAGCGCAGGUCUAUGCCGGUCUCUGGGUACAUGACUCACACUGUAUCUGCUCCCAGUCUUCAUGGAAAAACUGUGGAUGAUUCAUUUCUGCAGUUGAAGAAGGACCUAGAGUACCUGGAUCUGAAGAUGGGCGGGAAGUCAGUGAAGGAGCUCAAACCGCUCAGAGUGGCAGAAAGCGACAUUGAUGUGAAGUUGAGUCGUUUGUGUGAACAGGACAAAACUCUGAAGGAUUUGGAGGCCAGGAUCAGUGCUCUGCAUCAGGACAAGGAUCAGUUAGAGGCUGUAUUAGCGUUCUCUCACCAGCAGAUGGAACAGUUCUCAGACACUGCAUCUCGUCAAAAGAUCUCGCUCCAACAGAAAGUCCUUCAAGAGGAUCUAGUUCAAGUCCGGGCACAGAUCUCCAGGGCCUACACGGACAUGUCUCGUUCUCUGGAGGAGUUUGUUCUACUGGAGAAAUCAGUGGAACAACUAAGAUCUGCUCUACAGACCCAACUCAGCUCCUCCUCACAGGCAGAGAGGGCAGAGCUGAAGAGGGAGCUGUGGAGAGUGGAAGACGUUCUGGCCGGACUCAGCCGCCCCGAGCAGCACACAGAGAGGAAGUUAGUGCCUUCAGUUCAAGAGUCAGUGCCUUCAACCAAUUUGCUUCAGACCGUGCCAAACUGGUCCAAUGCCCCACCACCUCCGCGCCCGCCACUUCCAUGUGGUUUUUAUGAUGAAGACGACGCCCGCCCUGAAGUCCCGCCCCUCCCCCGGGAGGCCGCUGUGAUUCGUCACACAUCAGUGCGAGGCCUGAAGCGCCAAUCAGAUGAGAGGAGGCGAGACCGGGACGGUGGAGACUGGAAGUUCCAGUCUGAUCUUCGGUCGUUCCUCAGUGAACCAGAGUUACCUUUGGAACCUGAAAGAACCUCAGGUCUGGGCGGGUCUUCGUCUGGACUAAACCAGAGCUCGGUCUCAGCCUUCGUCACUCUGCGGAGAGGAGACAAUCACAAGGAGCGUCCCAAGAGCGCCUUAGAAUGCACUGCUUCCUCCCCAGCGCUGGACACAGAUUGGGCGGCAGCAGUCCAAUCACGCGGCAGGAUGAGCGCACACGAGCAGGCGCAGCGCCUCCAGCAAAGGACACUAGGGCGGGACAGACAGAAGAGUGUCGGCCAAUCAGAGCGCAGCUCCACCACACCACGCUCUGAGGUGUUUGAUGGGCAGCAGGAACGACCAAUGACAGAGGGUCAGAGCGAUGAGGGGCGGGCCCAGGGUGAAAUGGUCCAAUCAGAGAAGAUGAUGACGGAGGCAGAACCAGAGGAGUUUGACCUGGACAUCAGCAAAGAGCUCUCGAGACCCGAGAAAGUCCAGAUACCAGAGAGACUGGACCCAGAUCCAGAGGAGGUCCUGAGUCCAGAUGAGCAAAAGCAGAGACAAGAGAGAGCAGAACGUAUAAGGAACAUGCUCACCAAGUCCAGCUUUCAGGUCUUCGUGGACUUUUCUGAACUGGAUACGGUUUUGCAGCAACAGCAAAAAAUCAUGAAACAGGCGUCAAUAAAAGGAAGACUCCUGAGGACCGGGAAAGCAGCUGCUGAGGACGACUGAACCGUUCCAGGAUUCACCAAAAGAAUUUAAGACUGAAAAUAUGUGUUUAAUAAAGAUUUAUUUAGUUGAUGAACACUUAAUAAAAGUCUGAUUUUAAUAAUAAUUUAUACUUUUAUGCUCUGUUUUGGGACUGACCGAGCUAAAG